AUCCCCCUCGGCUGGGCUUUGUCUGUCCAUAUAUGGGCAGCUACGUCACGGAGCUUUCCAGUGCCUCACAUAAAUAGGCUGUGGAUUUCCCUGGCUGAACAUUUGGGCAGCAGUGAGUGAACCUGCUCGCAAGAGAGGGGGACAGAGACAGAGCGACAGAGACAAGGAGGGAGGAGGGAUCAAAUACUCCCACCGGCUUCUACGAGAUCUGCAAGCCAGAUCACCCCCUCCCACUCGAGGAAACGCCACCAAGGACCCACUGAGGAUUGUACCCCCAUCCCUUUCCCCCGCCUCCGCAAACCACCCCCAACUCCCCCGCCUACCGUCCCUCAAAACCCCCUUCCCCCACCCCAACUUUUCUCUUGCAUGAUUUCCCUUGCACGGAUUUGCCACUCGGAUCGGAUGCCGUUUCAUUGGGAGCUGAGCUCAGAGCCACGCUGAACCUGCUUCUCCUCCAGUGCUAUGACAGGCAAACUCGUGGAGAAGCUGCCGGGGACCAUGAACACUUUGAUGAACCAGUUGCCUGACAAUCUGUACCCAGAGGAGAUCCCCAACUCUCUGAAUAUCUUCUCCAGCAGCAGCGAGUCAGUGGCUCACUACAACCAGAUGGCUGCAGGGUUUUCCUUCGCUUCUCGGGGCUGUAGUGGGGAGUGGAAGCUGCCAGACAGAGAGGUGGCAGAGAAUGUUAUGGAUAUUGGAUUAGCGAACGAAAAGACCAACCAAGAGCUGUCGUCCUAUUCGGGUUCAUUCCAACCCACCCCUGGCAACAAGACUGUUACCUACCUGGGGAAAUUUGCUUUCGAUUCCCCGUCCAACUGGUGUCAGGAUAAUAUUAUCAGCCUCAUGAGCGCUGGGAUUCUGGGGGUGCCCCCUUCCUCCAGUGCCAUCACCAGCACCCAGACCUCUACAGCCAGCAUGGUGCAGAACCAGGGCGAGGUGGACCAGAUGUACCCUGCGCUGCCCCCCUAUUCCUCCUGCAGUGACCUCUACCCGGAGCCAGUGUCCUUUCACGACCCCCAAAGCAACCCAGGGCUCACCUAUUCCCCCCAGGAUUACCAAGCAGCCAAGCCAGCCUUGGACAGUAACCUCUUCCCCAUGAUCCCAGACUAUAACCUCUAUCACCACCCCAACGAGAUGGGCACGCUCACUGAACACAAACCCUACCAGAGCUUGGAUCCCAUUCGGGUCAACCCUCCCCCCAUCACCCCGCUGGAGACCAUCAAAGCCUUCAAGGACAAACAGAUCCACCCCAGCUUCGGCAGCCUCCAGCAGCAGCCCCUCACCCUCAAGCCCAUCCGGCCCAGGAAGUACCCCAACCGGCCCAGCAAAACCCCGCUCCACGAGCGACCCCACGCGUGCCCGGCCGAGGGCUGCGACCGGCGCUUCUCCAGAUCCGACGAGCUCACGAGGCACCUGAGGAUCCACACUGGCCACAAGCCCUUCCAGUGCCGCAUCUGCAUGAGGAGCUUCAGCCGCAGCGACCACCUCACCACCCACAUCCGCACCCACACGGGCGAGAAGCCCUUCGCCUGCGAGUUCUGCGGGCGCAAGUUUGCGCGCAGCGACGAGCGCAAGAGACACGCCAAGAUCCACCUGAAGCAGAAGGAGAAGAAGGCCGACAAGGGCUCCUCUUCCUCCUCCUCCUCCCCGCCCGUGUCCUUGGCCCCGGUGGUCACCACCUGCGCAUGAGGUUCCCGCCCCGAUCCCUGGUCCCAGUGCCUCCCAAUUGCUGCCUUUAGCAAAAGCGCAAACAUGGGGAUCCCUCACCAAGGAACAGUUGGCAGUGCGCGUACCUCCCCUCCCGUCCCUGCUUCACCGGGGUGGGGACUUCGCUUUCAAUCGGAUCGUCUUGAUCCGAAUCGGCUGCGGGAGGGGCGAGGGAGCCCCCCACUUCUCCCAGCGGAGCGUAGUGGGGGGCGGGUGAGGGGUUGCAGGGCUGUGAUGUGCCAGCUGUGGAAAGGCAUGCGGUGCGAGCAAGGGUGGUGGUGACGGUGUCGGGGAAGCUCCCCGCUCCGAAUAUGCGCGCCCCCUUCCUCCCCCCCUCGCUACUCAUUGGAGGUGGCGGGGGGAGCACCAAAGCGCAGUGCUUGCUGCCCGUUGAGACUGUGCGUCCCUGUGUGUGUAUGUGACUCUGAGCUGAACUGGGCUGCUUCGGUGUCAAACCACCCCCAAAGGACUCUGGACAAUGGAGAGAACCAAGCCACCUCUUGGACAUAGUGGGGACCUUGGGUAUCAUUGGAAUGGGUGGCCU